GUGGCCCUGGCGCGGUGCAUGCCGGGGCCGCGCCAUGGCGGGCUUGGAGCUGCUCUCGGACGAGGGUUACCGCGUGGACGGGCGCCGGGCCGGGGAGCUGCGCAAGGUGCGCGCGCGCAUGGGGGUCUUCGCCCAGGCCGACGGCUCCGCCUACAUCGAGCAGGGCAACACCAAGGCGCUGGCCGUGGUGUACGGGCCGCACGAGAUGCGCGGCUCCCGCAGUAAGGCCCUGCACGACCGGGCGCUGGUGAACUGUCAGUACAGCAUGGCCACCUUCAGCACAGGGGAGCGCAAGCGCCGGCCCCAUGGCGACCGCAAGUCCAGUGAGAUGACGCUGCACCUCAAGCAGACCUUCGAGGCAGCAAUCCUCACCCAGCUCUACCCCCGUUCCCAGAUUGACAUCUACGUGCAGAUCCUGCAGGCGGACGGUGGGAAUUACUGUGCCUGCGUGAAUGCAGCCACGCUGGCCACCAUUGACGCGGGCAUCCCCAUGCGAGACUAUGUGUGCGCCAGCUCUGCCGGCUUCAUCGAGGACACGCCGCUGGCCGACCUCAACUACGUGGAGGAGGCAGCCGGGGGCCCCCAGGUGGCCCUCGCCCUGCUGCCCAAGUCGGACCAGAUCGCCCUGCUGGAGAUGAACUCGCGGCUGCACGAGGACCACCUGGAGCAGGUCAUUGAGGCUGCCAGCAAGGCCUGCAAGGACGUCUACGCCGUGCUGGACCAGGUGGUGCGUGACCACGUGCACGAGGUCACCACGCUGCUGGGGGAGUGAGCGCACAAGCGUGUGUGCCUGGGACCAGCGCUGCGUGGGGUCAGGGAGCACUGCCCUGGCCUCAGCAAGGGAUCGGUUCAGCAGCCAGGGCCCAUGCCAGCAAAGUGCCCUUUCGUCCAGCAGCCUGGUUCUGUAACACCCCAACGUCAACAUCUGUGUUGGGCCCAGGCUGAGCUCCUCUGCUUGGUGGUAACAUCGCGUCGGUACAUUUCAACGUCUGUAAAACCUGCUGUCUCUCACUGGGUGACGGACCCUGACUCUGCUACUCGUGUCUGUAGCCCUGGUCGCCUACACCCGGGCUUUGGGCCCCCUCUCAAUCUCCUAGGGGCCGCGGGAGGCUGGGGCGUGCCUCCCAGUGGGCAGCUGUUCCGUGGCUCGGGGCAGGAGCUGCUCACUCCCCAGAUAUCAGUGGCCGCUUUUUAUAAAAACCGCUCAAAAUAAAGUGUUGUUUUGGUGCAAAUUGUAUUUUGUACUUGGAAGGGCAGCCGGCCCCCCUGGCUGAGUGCAGGGCAAAGAGGAAACCGUGCUGGUGGGGAUACAUCAGCAUUGAAGUCUUGCCGUUCCCAGGUGCUGGAGGAAGGACCGGCGCGCUGCGAUACCAGUCUCCAUUGUGCCAGGGUUCCUGCCUAUGACAGUUCCCAGGAGUAACCCUGUGUGAGCUGGAGUCUGGUGUGAACCUCCCAGCCUAGGCACCCCCUCUGCUCGCUGCAGGCUGCUCCUGGCAUUGGUAUGGUGGCUCUGCCGUCCCUAGGCAGGGUCCUCAGACCCCACGGGCAGUUGUGAGCCCAGUGCCAGGGACCCCCGCCUGCUGGCACCAUGGCUGCCUGGCCUGCCAGGCUGCGUGCCGGUGAAGCUGCCAGUGCGGCAGGGUUUAGAAGAGAUGCUUCUGGCACAAGGGCAGCGGUCGGGUCUGGUCUGGGAAAGCUGAUGAGUACCCCUUGCCCUGACCUUUCCCCGCGCCCAUCUGCCCAGAGGAGCUCAAAUGCUUUAUAGCCUGAUACCUUCUGAGCCUCAGCCCCCUCCUCCCCAUUGCACCUGCACCCACCUGGGGCACAGUCACUACACGGGCUGGGUUCUGAGCCCCGGGCAGAGCAAGGGGGGAAGGCCCCAUGGCUCAAGAGCCAGGAGCUUCCUCCUUUAACUCUGGUUCCCAAACAUUACGGUUCAAUGAGCACCGUGUUUGUUCUGUGGAAUUUCCCUUGUUACAGAAACUCCCUGCAGCCUGGGAGUGCUCUGGGGUACUGCACAAGCCGUGCUCCUUCAUCUUCUGGGCAUCUCGUGUUGGAGGAGCUAGCGCUCGGCCUGUCGUACGGCCCACCUGUGUAAACACCACUCAGCUCCUUGGCACGAGACUAGAGCAAGGGCUCCCCAGAAAGGCAACUGGCACAAGGAGAGGGUUGCGCCUGCGCCCUCCAUGCUGACCCUUAAAGGCACAGUCUGCCUUUGUGCUGCUGGCUGCAGGAUGAGCAGGGCAUGCUGCGAGGGUCUAGUUUGUAUUUAAAGGGGGGAGGGGGGCAUUAGUUUCUGCUUGAACAUUACGUUGUAAACUCAGGUCUGAUGGGAGCAGGAAGCCUGUGGCGGCUGGAGAAGCGGUCGUGCUGCAAGGGGGAAUAUGGCAGCAUGUGAAGAAGGGAUUUAGUAAGCGGGAUUGGCCCAAGGCCCUUCUAGCCCAGUGGCAGCACUGGCUGCGGCAGAGGCGGGGUAAGGAAUGGUUUAAAAUAGUAUUUUUGUUAACAUGCAUUUAUCAGCAGCAGACGGCAUCCAGCCAUACCCUCUUCAGGACCUGGCAGCCAGCGAACCAGCUGCAGGGAGGCGCUGUCCCCCCUGGCAUGGGACACGAUGAUUUGACAGCAGUGCCUGGGGAACGCCUGACCGGGAGAAGAGCUAUGUAGGGCUCGAAAGCUUCUCUUCCACCAACAGCAGCUGGUCCGAUACAAGAGAUAUUGCCUCCCCGCCUUCUCUCGUGGUGAGA